AUGCAUCCGCAUUAUGGAUUUGUAGGUUCAACAUAUGUUGCAAAUAAUGUUGGAAUAAAACAAGUUCAACAAAUCUAUGGAAAUUCAAUUCAUCAUCAACAAGUACCUUUUUAUUCUCAACAUUCAAAUUAUUCAUCAAUUCAUUCACAUCAACAAAGAAAUCAACAUUAUUCAUAUCAACAACAACAACAGCAACAACAACAACAACAACAACAGCAGCAGCAGCAGCAACAGCAACAGCAAAUACAAAAUAAUGUUGAUUUAAAAUCUGAUAAACAAUUAUUAUCAAAUGAGUUAGCAUCAAAAGUCGCUUGGAAUUCUUCAGCAUUUCUUGGUCCAAAUUUAUGGGAUAAAGAUCAAUUAUAUAGUGCAAAUAAUGGUACAACAUCAACAGGAUCAACAUCAUCAACAACACAAUCAACAACGUUACAUAAUGAAAAAAAUCUUAAUUCAACACAUAAUUCGAAUUUUAAAGUUGAAAAUAUUGAUAUUGAUGAACUUCUUUGUGAAAAUAAUUUAAAUUUAAAUGAUAUUGAAUCAUUUUCAAAUCAUUUUGAACAUGUUGAACAAACAACAUCAAAUUCACCAAAUCAAAAUCAAGAUACACUUAUUAUGCAUUCACCAAUGCAAGCUGCACCAGCUAAAUCACCAUUAGAUGAUUCUAUUAGUCAUCAAUCAUCAAGUUCAUCAAGAAAAUAUUCUCAAGAUGAUAAUUUAUCAAAAAAUUCAAAUACAAAACAAUAUAAAAAAUCACGAAAACUUCAACAUCAAUCAAAACAAUUUGUUCCAGAUGAAUUAAAAGAUGAAAAAUAUUGGGCAAGAAGAAGAAAAAAUAAUUUAGCUGCAAAAAGAUCACGUGAUGCUCGACGAAUGAAAGAAAAUCAAAUAGCAUUAAGAGCGGAUUUUUUAGAAAGAGAAAGUGAACAAUUAAAAAAACAAGUUGAAGAUUUAAAAAGAGAAAAUCAAAAACUUAAAAUGAAAUUAAUUCAAUAUGAAUCUUCAAUUAAACAGUGA